AUGUUUGGCAUACGAAAACAGAAGCGUAAAUCAGAAGCCGCUAGUCAAUCUAAACGGCAAAAGACGGACGCAGAGAACGAGGAUAUUUCUGAAAACCGAUCUCCUUGCAAAACGAGUCCAGCUGGAACUUCUCGCUAUCUACAGCCAACACCAAAGCGGAUCGAUCCUGAGGAAUAUGGUCAGGAACAGUUAGACGGUGUGAGCACACUAGGCCUAGUGAAAUCAUCACCAGACUCAAAGAAACCAGAGCACGAUUCUCCUUCUUCUGUGAAUAGUGGCCCGAUCGUAGUUGACAUUAAUGAGUUUGGCAGUGCCAAUAAUGACCAGUCAAGGGAAGGAAGUCCCCCUUUAUUUAGUGCCGGGGAUGAGGAAGAGGAGAUGAUAACGCCAGUAAAGAAAGUCUGUGAAGGCGGCAAUGGAGCCAACAAACGUCUUACUGGUGCACGGAAGCGGAAGAGUGGAUUAAACAGACAGAAGCGCUCGAUUAACAAUGAUGAGAAGUGCUGGAUUAAUGAUGAUGAGACUGCAGGAAUGGAUGGGUUUGUAUCAAUGGAGGAAAAGGUGGCAGUUUCUGCUGUUACUGAUCAGUCCGCUGUUGCUGAUCAGUCGACCUCGACAUGCAAAGGAACCAUAAAUCAAGAACCAGUUCAUUUGAUUGACAAUGUACCUGAGGUAGUGAAAUCUCUUGGUGAACGAGCUGUUAAAGCAUACAAGUGCAACUGGUUGGCCUCACCUCCUGGCGUCAACUCAAACUGCUACUCAAAGGUGGUUGAGCUGAUGUUGGACGAAUAUCGAGAGAAGCUGAAGGUUGUGCAGAAGAGGAUGCUGACUGAUGCUGCAGCUUGGGGAAAUGAGAUCGAUGAAGGUGAAACAGAUGGACGUACUCUAGAUAAGAAGAGGGCACAUAGUAGGUCUAUCAAUGAGAGACUAGGAUCGAAGAAUGUACCAAGCAGAAGUCUUUCAUCUGUUAGUUCUCUGAGCAAUCGUACAGCUACUUCUACCAGCUCAUCAGCUUCUGCGGCUGCUACUGUAUCAGGAGAUUACAACAGGCGCAUGAUCCCUCUUACUCAUUCACGAGCUGAAGAAGGUAACGACUUUCAAGGGGCUGCAACGCUUCGAAAAGCCUUUAGUGACACCUCAACAUUACGUAGUCGAGGAGAUCUGCAACAUUCAGCACAUAGAUUUCAAUAUUCUCCCAGGAGAGAAGCAAGGCCACUCUCUUCUACCAGUACUAAGAAGACCAAUCAACGUGAGUCAGCACAGUCAUCUAAUGAUUUGUAUUGCUUUCAAUCGAGUGAAGGCAGUCAGACUGAUUCAGUAGAUGAUGAUACAGAUGGUGACUUGGUGCCGUCUUCUCGGCGAAGGAAAAGGAGGUUAAUAGAUAACGGACGUCAGGGUGUUCCUACGAAGGAGGAAGGGGGUAAUGUGACACUUAAUCGAGAAAAUAAUGAUUUUGUUGAGAAGGAAGAAAAGAAAGGAUUGUUGACUCUAAAGAGGAAGCAGCUGCGACCUGGUGGUGUAGUGCUGAAGAGAGUAGGGAGAUUGAAUGUGUCUCGUGAAGAGGAAGAGAAACGUGAUUCUACGAGUGUUGCAGAUAGCAACAGAAGUUCAGAUGGUUGGAUUUCUACGAGAGAGCAGUCGAGAACGUCUCACUCUAAAAUACUAAGUAGAGAGGAAACUCAACAAAACUGCCCUAUAUGCAAUAAGAGGUUUGAUAAGACGGUAAUCGAGCGCCACGCAGCUCAAUGCGGCGAAGACGAAGACGAGAGAGAAGAGAGAAGCCCGCCGAAAUGUCGAGUUGACGUCAUAGAGGUAACAGAUGACGUCACAUCUGGUGAUCGCUCAAAAGAUGGCAAUGCGCGCGCUACCAGUAGAGCAAGCUGUUCGCGUGAAACGGGUAGACACAUGGAUAACUUUGCUGAAGGAACAGACAGAGGAAAGCUGCGUAGCAAUAGACAAUGGUAAAGCACACGAGAUUGUAUAGUAAGUUGAGUUUUUGUUGCAAGAUGUCUGCAUGUUGACAGUUUACUUCGAUUUUUUUAUUGUGGCUGCGUGUCUGCUUAACUAAGCGAAUGAACACUAUCUAAGCCGUUUAUAUAUCUACCUAACUAAGCGACUGAACACUAUCUACACCGUUUUGAUAUGGUUGCUUGUGCUAGCAAUGUCGACACGUUUUUUUAACAAUAAAGUACUAUAGGUUUUAUU